GAAACUCCCUCUCAGAGAGAAAGGGAUUCACGAGCUUUGUCACCGUCUCCCUAUCUAUCUCUCUGCUACUCUAAAAAUCUGGGCACCACAACCCCCCCUCCCCCAACCAGCUGUGUGGGUGUGCUGUGGUGGGUGAAGCUUCACGGGCUCUAGCCUAUUUUCCAGUCUCUUUCUUCAACUACCUGUUUCUCUUCAAUCUAGUGGCCCACAUUGAGCCACGUCGCCGCCUCCACCGCCCCUCUUCCAGCUUGAUCUUGAUUAGGGUUUUGUUUUGGCCACCUCUCAACUCAACCAUUUGGUGUAUUGAGUUUCUUAUAACAUCCCUCAACAAUGAUAUAAUGUGAGAGAAGGACAUUGAGCUUGUGCGUCAGCGCUUGUGCGUUUUUUAGGGAGAGAGAGAGAGAGAGAGAGAUUGAGAGAGUUAGAGAGAUAAAGAGAGAUGGAUCGUUCGGCGAUCACUGUGGGCGGCAUGGACAUGCCGAUCAUGCACGAUAGUGAUCGGUACGAACUGGUGAAAGAUAUCGGCUCGGGAAAUUUCGGGGUGGCUAGGCUGAUGAGGGACAAGCAGACCGAGGAGCUGGUCGCCGUGAAGUACAUUGAGAGGGGUGAGAAGAUAGAUGAGAAUGUACGGAGGGAAAUUAUAAACCACAGGUCCUUGAGACAUCCCAACAUUGUUAGAUUCAAAGAGGUCAUAUUAACACCAACUCAUCUAGCUAUUGUGAUGGAAUAUGCCUCUGGAGGAGAGCUCUUUGAACGGAUAUGCAAUGCUGGGCGGUUCAGUGAGGAUGAGGCGCGCUUCUUCUUCCAGCAACUUAUAUCAGGAGUUAGCUACUGUCAUGCAAUGCAAGUAUGCCAUCGUGACUUGAAAUUGGAGAACACAUUAUUGGAUGGAAGUCCGGCUCCUCGUUUAAAGAUUUGUGAUUUUGGGUACUCCAAGUCCUCAGUGCUGCAUUCACAACCAAAAUCAACUGUUGGCACUCCUGCAUAUAUUGCUCCAGAAGUGUUACUGAAGAAAGAAUAUGACGGCAAGGUUGCAGACGUGUGGUCUUGUGGGGUGACCUUAUAUGUCAUGUUGGUGGGUGCAUACCCUUUCGAGGAUCCUGAAGAGCCUAAAAACUUCCGCAAGACAAUUCAACGAAUUUUGAAUGUCCAGUACUCAAUUCCUGACUACGUUCAUAUAUCUCCAGAGUGCAGCCAUUUGAUCUCGAGGAUAUUUGUAGCUGACCCUGCUAAGAGGAUAACUAUUCCUGAGAUUAGGAACCACGAGUGGUUUUUGAAGAACCUUCCAGCAGAUCUCGUGGAUGAAAACUCAAAGAACACUCAGUUUGAAGAGCCUGAUCAACCCAUGCAAAGCGAUGAGGAUAUCAUGCGGAUAAUUGCUGAGGCUACCAUUCCUGCUGCAGGGAGCCACAGUCUCAACCAGUAUCUGACUGGCAGCUUGGAAUUUGACGAAGACAUGGAGGAGGACUUGGAGACUGAUCCUGACCUUGACAUUGAUAGCAGCGGAGAGAUAGUCUAUGCAAUGUGAUCAUAACCACUGCCUGCAAGGGGCGGUGUGUGCAUUUUGUGUGGACGUAAAUCAUCUCCUAGGCUUUUUUUUCUUGGGACUUGGGAGUGUGGAAGAUUAGAGAAAAAUCUUUCGCCGUCUCUGUAAUGGAGGAUUCUGUGGUGUGGAAUUUGUACAUGUCAAUGAGAAUCUGUUCUCACCGCUCCUGUUUCUGCUCUAUGUAUAAUCUUUUCUGGUGAUGUGCAUCUGUUCAUGACCUGUAUUUUUAUGUUUUGCUACUUUUCAAGUGGAAUUAUGUAUCGCACUGGUAGCACUGUAACAUAACACUUUCUCUCUUUUCUUUUGGCGACCAAUGUAACAGUAUGUCAAUUCCUACCUUGUUUCGUUGGGAGAUUGGUUUAUUA